UUAGAAUAAUGUCAAUUGCUCUGCACAGCUGAGUUUUAAUUAUUUACUGUUCCUCUAGUUAUUAGACAAAAUCAUAUACAAUAUCUGGCAAAAUGUCAUGCCAAAUAAAAUUAACUGCAAACAUAGCUGAUGUACCAGCAGUAAGAAGGCAUCUGUUUCCAACUGAUGAUAAUAGAGGAUCAGAGUCAUGGCUACAAUCCUGCCAUAUUUCCAUGUCACCAACGGGUGAUGUUUUAGCUUUAGCACACAACACUAGAUUAGCAGUGUUGACUGGUAAAUGGGAUUCCAGCACAUCAUGCAAUCAAUUCCACACUAGCCAAGAAUCCAGUUUUGCAAGCACAGAGGAACCUAUCAAGUCUGUGCUAUGUCUUCCCAUUGUCAUCCAAAGCCAAAGUUCACAGGUUGGACCUGAUUGGACAUGCAUAACAGUAGGUUUUGAAUCAGGAACAGUGGGGUUCUAUAUGGAAGAUUGCACAUUAUUGGUCAGUGAACAGUUGCAUGAUGAACCAAUAGUUGCCCUGAAAUGUCAGUCACAGCAUAGUCCAAGGCCAGAUGUGUGUCGAGAACUUAAACCAGAGGAGUUGUAUGUGAUAUAUCCAAGUAAUAUUUGUGUUAUCAGUGGGACACAAUUGUUUCCUACUCUGAGAAAUGCUCGAAGUCAGCUUGCCAGAGGUCAGAGCAUGGUGGAUGAAUUGAAUCUACUCCAAUUAUUGAAUCCAAAAAAAUGGGGUUUCACUGAUCAAGCGGCUGUUAACGAUGCAACAGUCGCCGGUUUGGAUUUAUCGAACACGUUCAAUCAUUUGUUGACAGCAUCUACCUGCGGUGGAUUUGAAUCUAAAUACAGAGCAAUGCCACCACACAACACGUUGGUUUUGGGUGCUGGAAGUAAGCCGUUCUUGGGAUUCCAUUACGCUCUUGAAGGUGGCGCGCAACCAGUAUUCAGCGAUAUGGCUAAAGCUGUUGCGAAUAAAUUGAAAUCGGCAUUACCAGGUUGGUUAACAGGCGGAAAGAGCCAGGUGACUGAGAAACAACAGACGAUUUCCAUGCAACCCAUUGAACCUAUGGGAUGCCGCUUUGGUUUGUGCGAUCUUCGUAGAUGCGCCAAUCAGGUGGUACUCUCUCCAGAUCGUAGAUUGGCUGCAGUCUCUGACAGCAUGGGUAGAGUUCUGCUCAUCGACACUCAGAGGGGCAUUGUGUUGAGGAUAUUCAAGGGAUAUCGCGAAGCUCAAUGCGCAUUCCUCCAGGUGCGGGAUGAGAGGAAGAGCAAGAGCGCAGGGAAAACUCGCAGAGCCCUAUUCCUCGUUAUUUAUUCGGGUAAAAAGGGAUCUAUCGAAAUAUUCGGUGCCCAACAAGGCACUAAGAUUGCCUCAUUCACCGCUAGUAAAUUAAGUAAAUUGCUGUAUAUCGGUCAUGGUCUAAUGGGUUUCCAAGUUACAACCAAGUCCCGCUUCAUCUGCCAGUACACAUGUUUACUAAUGGACCCUGACGGUAAGAUCAAAGAAGUGGUUAUUCCCUUUCACUUCUCCUUAACCGAGAAGAACAGCAAACGAGCACGUGAUGUCCAUCUUUACAAAAGGUUAAAGCAAUUCAUCAAAACUGGCGAUUAUAAAACCAACGAGGAAUUGCUGAAAGAAUGUCUGAAUACGUGCUCCGAACUAAAGACGCAAGACGUACAGCUAUUGUUCAUUGAAAUGCUAUCGUCUUGCAAAGAGCUCACGCCGGAAAUUUUGAUCUCGUGCACAGAGAACAUUAUCGAACGGUGUGAUGGAACUUCGGAAUUGAAAACUAUAUGCAUCAACCUGCUAGACCUGAGCAAGUUCUAUCAUUACUUGGACAGUCUCGAAUACGAGGCUAAUGGAAACGUGGCACAGAGCGAUCUAAAUCUGGACAAGAGGGAGAUGAUCAAUCUGCAGCGACUUCUUGACUUGAGCACUUACUAUCAACCGAAGCAAAUUAACAAAGUCAAAUUCAGUCCGGAGAGUCAGAACAUAAAACUUUCCGACUUUCUAGUUGUCUUCGAUCGAAAUAGAACGGAUAUUAAACUGAAAUCCGGGGCAAGCGAUGCGGAGUUGUUUAAAGUUUCCGAAAAAAUGUUUAAGUUUUACAUUAACGGUCAUUGGUCCGACGAAGAUUUCACGCGGAUGAAGGAAACACCCGUUUAUGUUAAAGACGUAUUCAGGUUGCUUUUGGUGUAUUGGAUACAUAGAGAUUUGAGUGGGAAUGCAGAUCUCGAACGUGAAAUGGAGAAUUUCCGCAGAGCUUUGCUAGCGUUAGCAUCCAGGAAGGGGUUGAUAGAGGAUUUGGUAGUUGAAUACAAUAGGGUUUCAGAGUUUUGGAAUGGUAUCAGAGAGAUUUUGGCGGAUUCUCCAAAACCGUUCCCAGCGCUGAUGGCUGCGAUCCUCUGCAAAAAUGUUGCUUGCACGGUGGAAAGAAACGUCCCGGAGUUUUUUGAAGGCGAUGUUUGGGAGGAGUUAUCACAAGAGAGCUGUCAGUGGACGCUGUUAAUCGGAAAAUUAGAAGAUAUUAGUUUAUUGAAUAUAAUCCUAGCAAUUAAAUUGAAUGCGAACGGGGAUCUACCGAAACUGGAGCAACUAGAUCGGACCGAUGUAAGUUUGAAAUUUGUUUUGGAAAAGGGGAAGGCGUCAGUUGGAGAAAUCGUUGCCCAAUGGGUGGCAGCGGCUGGUGUUAAUCCUAGUGAUUUAGUGGCGAACGAUCUGAACGAAUUAGACCAAUUCGAACAACUGAAUGUUCUUAGGAAGCAGUUUCCAUACAGUCUGGAACCUUCGGUUCUCCUUGCUAAUAUGUGCUGGGAGUAUGCACUGAGUUGGCAAAAGAACGUGCAAAAUUUAGGAUUAUUGAAAGCCGCGUUGCAAUGUCUGAACCAAAUACCAAACUUACAUAUCCGCGCCGGAUUGAGUAAUUUGGUUUGGAACACGCACCUGAAGAUACUCUUCGAAAGCGCCUGCAAAUUAAUAAACAAGGUCGGCAAGUUACCUACGGAGCGACUUUGUCGCCAAGACACCGAUCUCACCGAUUACCAGAUCACCCUAUUCAUGGAGACGUGCUCGGAAUUUUUUGAUUCAUUUAUGGAAGCUCUAUGUGACAGUUGCAAUUACCAGAAACCGACUUUGAAGUACGAGGCGAUUUGGGAAAAUGGUAAUAAUAAUUUACCAUUGACAGAACUUGCAUUGGGUCAAAGUGGAUGCAUCAACUACGAUCUGCUCCAUCUACACUUUCAACUAACAACGUGUAUUCAUAUGAUGACCGUAUUUACCGUUAAGCAUAGCAAAAUCAUCAGCAACAUGUUCGAUGCAUCCGUGUCUUCGCAUUUGUUCUCCGACUUCCUCGGUAAAGUGAAUGUGAUUCACCACAAGUGCGAUUCAAAAACAGCCGCUUCUCGGUUACAAUUCCUAAUAAAGAUUAUCUCUGCCACAUUGGAAACUGUAACGUUCGAUGAGAGCACCGGAAUGAUUUAUUCAGCGGACCACGUAGCUUGGAUGGCCAAGUGCAUAGCGUUGGCUCGUGUUUGGAAUCUGGAUGUAGAUCUGUUGAAGAGGUAUCAAGUGGUGCAAAUUUAUUCUAACGGUUUUGAUGUGUUAGGGAAUGAACUACUGGUGACAGUCACAGAGCGUAGCAAAUUGGGACCGGAGCUAGUCUGCGUCGCCGGCAGACGCCUGAACCAACUUUUAGCCAAAUGCGAUGACCUUGGAAGUAAGAUUGCCGCCUUCAGUACGAGCUUAACCAAAUAUUUAGGCACACUGAAUGGCGGAGAUUGGUGCGAGUCGACUGAUCUGAGAGGUAUCAUCAACUUGGUAACGAACAGUCUGAACUGUAUGACGGAGUCGCAGCCCGAGUACAGGAUGGCUAAACUAAUGAUGGAUGCAUGCAAGACGAUGCAGGAUUUUAAUUUAUAGGAUUUUUUUAAGUGUAUAUGAAUAAAUAAAUAAUUUGUUUUAAAA